AGUCCAUAAUAUAAUCUAAAAUCUAGGGCCUAGGCCUAUGUGAAAAGUGUUUAUUGUUUACAAAUACAGAAACCAACUUAACUAUUGUUUAUAUAUCAAAUUAAUUGAAUUUAACUGUUAUCCAACCAUCUAUCAACAUGUCUGACUCAGAUCAUGAGGACAUAAAUGAAUCUUCCAAGAAACAUCAACGCAAAAAGAGUAAAUACGCAGAUGACAGACAGAAAAAGCGAAAAAGAUCAAGAAGUUACGACAGGGAUGGUUUUGAAAAACUUACCAAAGAGAAGAAGAAGCAUAAGAGUGACACUGAAAUUGAAACUGAUGAAGAGAGAGAAUAUAAGAAAAAAGAUAAAGACAGAAAGAAAUAUUCCAGCACAUCUGACAAAAAAAGCAGAGAAAAGAAUCGAAAAAGUAGCCCAAUAGAAGAUGAAUAUAGAAAAGAAAAUAAACAUAGUAAAAAUGAGUCUAAAAACAAAGAACGGAGAAGUGAGAAAAUUGAUACACAUAAGUUUAAAGAUAAAGUUGAAGAUAAACCUACCAGAGAAAGAAAAGAUCUAGGUGAGGAAAUUCAAGCAAAAAAAUCAAAAAGUAGUUCUAAAUAUGAGGGGUUUGAUGAGAAAAGACUUAAGAAAGGAAGUUCUAGAAUUAAAGAAGGUGAAGAUUUAGACCCAACUUAUAAGAAAGUUGAUUCAAAAUCCAAAGAAAACUAUGACGAAAAACGCAAGAAAAGCAGGUCUCGAUAUGAUAAAUCUGAGGAUGCUAUUGAUAAAUCUCAAAGUCAUAGGUAUGAUGUGAUCGAAGAGGAGAAUUACAAUGAAAGGGACGAAGAUGAAGACAAGUACCAAAGUAGUAAUGAUAUUCCUCAGAGAUAUUGGUCUAGUCAUAGACCAACCAGGGAAAAUAGUACUACUUAUUGGAGCAAGAGUAACGAUCGUAUCAAGAAGUCUAAUGCUAAUGUUGAAGUCGGUCCUCGCUACUACAGUGCAGGCGAUCAGCUGAGGAGAGAAAGACGAGACAGAGGUGAAAAACAAGUUGAUGAAGAUAAGCGCACCGAUGAGAAAGAGAAAAACACACCAGGAGAAAAUGUAGAUGAAAAGAAAGCUGCGCCUACACGGAACAAAAAUCUUGACCUUUUAACUUCGCGUACGGGAGGAGCUUACAUACCUCCGGCGAGACUGAAAAUGAUGCAAGAGAGUAUUACUGACAAGGGAAGCGCUGCAUAUCAACGUCUUGCUUGGGAAGCUUUGAAGAAAUCUAUUCAAGGACACGUAAACAAAGUGAACGUCGGCAACAUUAUAGGAGUGUUGAAAGCUGUACAGAAAGAGAAUAUAGUCAGAGGCAAAGGACUUUUGUGUCGAGCGCUCAUCCAAGCGCAAGCUGCUUCUCCUACGUUCACCAAUGUGUAUGCAGCCAUGGUGGCUGCGUUGAACGCUAGGUUUCCAAAGAUCGGAGAGCUCUUGUUGAAGAGAUUGGUUGUUCAGUUCAGACGAGGAUUUAAACGAAAUGAUAAAACCAUUUGCAUCACUGCUGCUACAUUCAUUGCACAUUUGGUCAAUCAAGAAGUGGCCCAUGAAAUCUUGGCGUUAGAAAUUUUAACGCUGUUGAUUGAAACACCCACCGACGAUUCCGUGGAGGUUGCAAUAGCCUUUCUGAAGGAGUGUGGUAUGAAGUUGACUGAAGUAUCCAAUAAAGGCAUUAUGGGUAUAUUUGAUAUGCUCCGAAGGAUUCUACACGAGGGGACAUUGGAGAAAAGAGUGCAAUACAUGAUUGAAGUCAUGUUUCAAAUAAGGAAGGAGGACUUUAAAGCUCAUCCAUCCCUGGUAAAGGAGUUGGAUCUGGUUGACCAAGAUGAUAAGAUUACUCAUUUGAUCAGUCUAGAGGAUAAUCACGACCCUGAAGACAUUUUGAAUGUAUUUAAGCUUGAUCCCGACUACGAGGCUAAUGAGGCCAAAUAUAAGUCACUCGUAGGAGAGGAUGAUGACAGCGAUGAUGAGGAUGAUGGUUCCGGCUCUGGCAGCGGCGACAGCGAUGAUGAUUCAGAAGAGGAAGGCGAAGAACAAGGAGAGAAGAAGGACAUUAUUGUGGACAAGACAGAGACGAAUCUUGUGGCACUGCGGAAGACCAUUUACUUGACCAUACAGUCCAGUUUGGACUUUGAGGAGUGCGCUCACAAGCUGCUGAGGAUGGAACUGAAGCCAGGACAGGAGAUUGAGAUGGCUCACAUGUUUUUGGACUGUUGUGCGGAACAACGAACGUACGAGAAGUUCUUCGGUCUUCUGGCACAGAGGUUCUGCCAGAUAAACCGGUCGUACGUCCCUCCGUUUGAGGAGACGUUCAGAGACAGUUACACCACGAUACAUCGCAUGUCCAACGACAAACUGCGCAACAUUGCCAAGCUGUUUGCCCACUUGCUGCACACAGACGCCAUCUCAUGGGAUGUUCUGUCCAUCAUACGACUCAACGAGGAAGACACAACAAGCUCCAGCCGAAUCUUCAUCAAGAUCCUGUUCCAGGAACUUUCCGAGUACUUGGGGUUAACAAAACUCAAUGUACGAGUGAAAGAUCCGGCUUUGCAGCCGGCACUAGAGGGCUUAUUUCCCAGGGACAAUCCCAAGAACACUAGAUUCGCAAUUAACUUUUUCACUUCAAUUGGACUUGGAGGAAUAACGGAUGAACUUCGAGAACACCUCAAAAACAUGCCAAAGGAAACUGUAGUCGUCCCACAGCUUGUGGAAGGUCUCUCCAGUUCUGAUUCAUCUUCAUCAGAUUCCUCUGAUUCAUCGUCUGAUUCUUCUUCUUCAGAUUCAUCUUCAGAUUCAACAAGUUCAGAUUCUGAAGAGGAAUCAAGAAAAAAGAAAAAGAAAGGAAAAACAGUAAGCAAAAAGAAAAAGGAGCCACCUCCAAAAAAAUCAGAAAAACUAAAAAAGGAGAGUAAGAAGGCCAGCUCAGUUUCAAAGAGAAGAAGAGAAAGGUCUUAAGAGUUACCAGGAUGGAAGAAUCUGUAACUAAUGUAUAUAUAUAAUUUAUAUUUUUAAUCAACCUUGUAAUGAUAUUUUAACUAGAACAUAAUAUUGUAUGAUCAUCUCAUUUUAUGUUGAAUGAAGCAAUUUAUUUUGUAAAUUUGGCAUUAUAUUGUAUAUGAUAUUAAAAUUUUCUAUGUAGAUGAGA